AUGUCCGAAGGCAGUGACCAGAAGCCCUUCGACAACAAGUCGGCUGUGCCUGCAUCGCUCUAUGAAGGCCUCAUGCCGAAAUUGGCCAAUGUGCUCGAGCUGAGCCAGCGACCUGAGGGUAUCACAACCAAUGACGCGAAAGGUGCCAUCUUGGACGCGACUAACGACUUCAAGCUCACCCUCGCGCGGGCCAAGGAGUUUGCUGUAGCCAUGCCUGGUGGCGAGUCUGUAGUCGAAGAUCAAGAUCAAGUCCUGAAGAUGCUCACGCAGCUGCGUGACAAAAAACGGGAGCAACUUGCACAAUUCUCGACCAGGUCAUUAGCAAGCCAUUACACUAAAACGGACGUGGAUUCUACUGCGUCUUCUCCUGGUGCAUGA